UCGGUUGUGAAACAGUUUGCGAUGCAGUGAGUUCCCUCACUUUCACCAGCAGAGGUCCUUCGUGGAGCGCUGAUUAUAAAAGCUUCGAGAAAUUAACCUUUUUCGAAACGCUUGAGUUGAACGCUUCGCUGGUUCAUAAAGCUUCACUUCGCCCAUCACUACAGAUAACCUUACCUAACAUAUUAAUUAUUAUUAAUUAAGUUAACCGGAUUAAAUAUCACCAUUAAGGUGAAAUAAAAACAAAAAUCAAAUCAAAACAUUCAAUUAUGAUGCAAAUGGGAUGUCAUCCGUUGAUGCAAUGAUCAAAGGAUCAAAGCUGCACACUCCUGUGAGCUGUGAUCUAAUCGCAUAUAACAGGUAGUGAAUCCUCUCAGAAUCCCAUUCAAAUUAUAGCAGACACAGCGACACACUGAGUUACUUGACCACAUUUGAAAAUAGAAAACUGCAAGACCACCACCCGGAAAGACAAGCACAAUUUUUCUUAGGAAAAUCUGGCUGGAUUCAGCAGCAGGGGGCGAACACAUCUCUACUUUUGGCCCAAUUAUUAUCUCCUUCCAGAUGAUGCUAUGAAAGUACAAACAUAAUGGAUAGAUACACUGAGAUCAGACAUCUCGGGCACGGCACCUACGGCUCAGUUAUUCUUGGACGCAGUCUGGAGACAGGAGAACUGGUUGCCAUAAAGAAAAUGAAAAGAAAAUUCUAUUCCUGGGAAGAAUGCAUGAACCUCUGUGAAAUCAAGUCCUUAAAGAAACUCAAACAUGCAAAUGUGAUCAAACUGAAGGAGGUAUUUCGAGAAAAUUACCACUUGUACUUAAUAUUUGAGUACAUGAAGGAAAAUUUAUAUGAGCUAAUGAAAGACAGGACUCAGUUGUUUCCUGAAUCUGCAGUGAGAAAUAUUAUGUUUCAGAUACUACAGGGGCUCGCGUUCAUUCAUCAACACGGUUUUUUUCACAGGGACAUGAAACCUGAGAAUCUUCUGUGCAUGGGCCCAGAGCUGGUGAAAAUCGCCGACUUUGGGCUUGCCCGUGAGAUCAGAUCUUUACCUCCAUACGCAGACUAUGUCUCGACUAGAUGGUACAGAGCCCCAGAGGUGCUCCUCAGAUCCACGUCCUACAGCUCACCCAUAGACCAGUGGGCUGUCGGCUGCAUCAUGGCAGAACUUUAUACUCUCCGGCCUCUUUUCCCAGGCUCCAGUGAAGUCGACACCAUUCUCAAGAUUUGCCAAGUUGUGGGUACACCAAAGAAGAAUGAUUGGCAAGAGGGUUACCAGCUGGCAAGUGCGAUGAACUUUCGUUGGCCUCGGUGUGAUCCAAGUAAUCUUAAGACACUGAUCCCAAAUGCCAGUCCUGAAGCCAUCCGUCUGAUGACAGACCUGCUUCAGUGGAAUCCUAGGAAGAGACCAGCUUCAGCCCAGGCUCUCAGGUACUCCUACUUCUACCUGGGCGAGGCUUUGGGCACGCCUCAGCCGCUGCCGGCUCCUUUACAUUCACAGCAGACGCUGCAGCAGCAACCCCUGCUGCUCAAGCCUGUGCCCCCCUCCCACCCUCUGCCUCCAAACCAACGCUGCUCCCCAUCCAGGCCUCCCCAGCAGAUCCAGCCCUCCCCUGUUUCUGCAGAUGCCCAGGCAGCAGGGUGCCAAUGGCACACAGAGCUGAUGCAAGGACAGCAGCCGAAGCACAUCCUGAAGCAGGAACACACCGAAAGAACACCACAGAGCCAUCUUCCCUCCAUUGCAGACAAGAGUCUCCAGAGCAAGCAAACAAGAAAGGAGUUGGAAAAUGUCAAUCUGACUACCAUUAGUUUUUUUGGAAAAGGCAACUUCUACACGGACAAGUCGCGGCAGGGGGAGGACGCACUGAGCAGAUAUGGAAAUGUUCUUGAUUUCAGUCGAUUCAGAGGAAAGGAAGAUGCACCUUUAAACCUGAACAAGACUACAGCCCUUCAAGAGCCACCAAGAACCGCCUCUGCUAAACACCAUCACUUGAGGCAGGCGAUGCCUGGCAUUAGUACAAAGAAGAACGUUGCCAUAAAUGCCAGUAAAGACUUCAGUGGAAGCCAUCUUAGGGGCAACAGUAGUAUUCCAUUUGAAGGGACUCUGCCAAGCAGAGGCGCACAUGAUACAAAUACGAUCCCAGGUGGAUACAUGCCAUCAUUUUACAAAAAAGACACUGGUUCUGCUGGUCCUUCAGCAGAAUCAACAGCAUUAAAUUAUGCAACAUGGCUGUCUAGCCGGAGUCAAAUGAACACCUCCACUAACAUGCCAUUGGCCAACAAGAGCAACCCAGAUCUGCUGCCUCGUCAGCCGGCACAGAUCAUCCACGGGCGAACAGACUGGUCUGUCAAAUAUGGACAUGGUCUGCCAAAUAUGGACAUGCACAUGUUGCCCAACAAGAACAACCCAGGUCUGCUGCCUCGUCCACCGGUACAGACCCACGGGCCAACAGACUGGUCUGCAAAAUAUGGACACAGCUAGUGGCCUCCCCGAAGCUCUUAUCUGUGCCCCACAAGAGAGCCCUGCGCUCCUAAGAAUUCUUUCACCUCCAAAGAGUACGCCUAGUUAUUUUGUUAUGAAAAUCUGUACAUAAAUCUUACACAGCAAUAAACUUUGUUUCAGUAAUGUGUUGUAAAAUAUCUUUGUGUACGUGUACAGCUAAAUGCAACCGGCCAAAAUUUGAGCCCAGUCUGUCCGACAGGCUAUAUAUAUAUAUAUAUGUACUGUACUGACCACCAUGCCCUGACCACUCAGGGCACCGUGACCACUCAAUAUAAUGAGUGCCUUUAAUAAAUACUUCUGCUUAAGACAUC